CCUGAGGGUCUCGCAGGACUACAUAAUAGCCAGUUUCGAAAGGAACUCCUCAAUUAUCGGCACGAGGACAGAUGGAGAGGCGGCGGCCACCGUUUCUCAGAGCUUCUACCAAAACCAAGGAGACGGAACGAAGCAGUGGAAGUAAGAUGGAUUCUGCACGCAGCGGGGGUGCUAUAGAAGAACAAAAUAGUGAUGAAGAUCUAUCGCCAGACGCUUUAGUCAGACAAAAUUAUGAGCUCCGUCAUCGUUUGGAAGAGGAGACCGCGAGUUACAAAAGACGUUUGGAUACAUAUCGGCAGGCUCAACAACAUCAAGCUGCUCUCGUCUCACGGUUACAAGCUAAAGUUCUGCAGUAUAAACAGAGGUGUUCGGAACUCGAGAAUCAAAUGGCAGAAACAAUUCCGUGCGACACUAGUAAACCAUCGACAGCCACAGUAUCGUCCACUACUGUGCUUGAAGCUGCCCAUCAGACUCUACGGGAUAUACGCGAGGAGCAAAUUCACGACUUGGAUACUGCUUUGAAAAAACUCGGAGAUGAACGACGAAAAUGCGAAGAACUUUUGCAACUAAACGCGUCUCUGAAGGAUCAACUUGAAGAAUCUCAUCAAACAAAUGAGGCGUUAACCAAUGAUUUGCAAAAGCUAAGCAAUGACUGGGAUAUAUUGAGAGACGAGUUGGCUAUUAAGGAAGAGGAAUGGAAGGAAGAAGAACAAGCAUUCAAUGAAUAUUACAUCUCUGAGCAUAAUCGAUUACUCAACUUAUGGCGUGAUGUUGUUUCUGUUAAAAGAUUGUUCGCAGAAAUGAAAUCUACUACGGAAAGGGAUUUGGCCAAAAUACGGAAUGAAAUUAUUGCAUCGUCUAAUGAAAUGACAUCGGCGUGCAAUAGUACGAAUUUUACUAUGAAGCUUCAAGCAAGUGCGGCGCAAUCCACAGUAAGACUAUUCUACAAUUAUCCGUCCCAAAGAAUACAACAGGAAGAGGAACAAGCUGUGACAAUUUUAAAAACAGAGAUUGCAGCACUCAAGCAACAACACGCUGCCUAUCAACACGAAAUUCGUACUAAAGAUGAUCGAAUAGAUCAGUUUAUUCGAGAAAUUCGCAAUUUAGAGGAAAGAUGUAGCGUUUCUGAGGCGGCAGUAACUCAAACUGGGCGCAUGCAGGAAGAUAUUGAGGUGCUGGAAUCUGCAUUACGAGACAUCGCACAUGCCGUGAUUCAGGAUGCUGAAAGCCGAGACGCCGAUGCUAAGCAGACAUCCCCGCAUAUCCAUCUGUCGCCCAGUGCACUGAUGCAGCAGAGAUCGCCAAAGAGAAGCACGCGAAGUAACACUAUACCAGCAUUGGCUGAAAGUACAUUAAGCGCGGUACGAGCGGCUCUGCAGAAAUAUCAAUUAACGAUACGCGAGUUACAGAUAAAAUCACAAACGAACAAGGAACAGAUCCUAGCAAUGCGCAAACAGUGCGAUGCCGCGGAGGAAAAUGCUCAAACGUUAAAUACCAAAGUUGCGGAAUUGAUUUCUCAGUUAGAUAUAUGCCGUUCGCAAUGCACACAGCUGGAUCAAGAGAAGGACAUGCUGCAGAAAAGUCUCGAUACUGUGAAAUUGGAGAAAAAUGCAUUGGAUAAGAAUAAAGUAGAACUUAAUAGCACGUUGGAGGCCCUUAGAAACAAUUACGAAAAACUUCAGAAGACCCAUAAUAAAUUACAAAAAUUGUGUGACAACUUGGAAGAUGAAAAGUUAUAUUUACAAACUGAGCUUGGUAGAAUAUCAGAAGAUGCUGACUUAAAAGAAUUAAGUUUACGUUCGGAAGAGGAUAGAUGCAGUAAAAUGAGAGAAGAGCUUUUGACACUGCGAGAAGAUUUGAAUAAAGCUCAUCUUGCCAAGGACAUGUUGGAACAGCAGAAAUUAGAAACCGAUGGAUUAAUCUCUCAAAUCGAAAAAAGCAAAGGCGAUCUUGAGUUGGAAUUGGAACGUAUACUGUUGGAAAAAUCAGAUGUACAGGAAAUUUUGAUAAAAAUGGAAGCGAUGUGCUCUAAUCAUGAGCAGGAUAAGCAAAGAUUGCAAGAAGAAUUGAAAAAGAUAACAGACGAAAAAAAUAAACUUGCAAGUCAGUGUAUCGAUCAACAAGGUGAUCUCAAUUCAUUGAGAAAAGAAUUGCUGCAAGCUGAACAAACUCGACUUGACAUAGAAUCUGAAAAGAUUACAUUGAAUGAAAAGAUUAAAUUUCUGGAGAUAGAAAAGGAGAAAGUAGAGAUGGAAUUAGGUCAAGUGACUCGCGAACGCAGCGAUUUAAGUAAUCAAUUGUCGGUCUUGGCGCGAAAGAAAGAGACAUUAAAUGAGGAGCUCAUGAGACUUAGACAAAGAUUAGAACAAUCUAAUGAAAUGAAUGCACGAAUAAACAGAAACUUGAAAGAUCUUGUGAAAGAUAACGAAGAAAAACAGGUACUCUUGGAAACAAAUGAAAAGGAAUUCCAAAGAUUGCAAGAGCAGCUUGCGUCAAUGCGCACUGAGAAGGAAAUAUUAGAAGGAGUAUUGUUUGAUACACAAACCAAUUUGGAAGCUACGCAUGUUAAGAAAACACAGUUAGAGAAGGAGCAAAAAGAGUUAUUAAUAAAACAAGAAAAUUUUAAAGGACAGGUAACGCGACUAACGAAAGAAUUGGAUAAUAGUGAAAAACGUGCGCAAGACAUCAAACAAUCACUUACGCAACAGAGUGGUGAUCAGAUCGCAGAAUUUCAACAAAUUAUAUCUAAUAUGAAGAGACAGUCGGAAGACAGCAUAAAGAAGAUAAACGAUGAAAAAGAGCAAGUAAAAAUAAGUUUAGAGAAACGGUUGCAACAAUCUUUAUCACAAGUGGAGGGAGAGAAAAAUGAAGAAAUCAAUCAACUGCAACAACGAAUAGAAGAAUUGCAGCAACACAUAGAGAAUUUGUGUAAGCAGCAUGAGGAAGCACUUCUUAGAGCCGAAAAUGAUAAACAACAGGCACUUUUAAUAGCUCAUCACGACCAACAGGCAUUAAUCGAAAAGAUUGAUACUAUUAUGCGUGAAUUAGAAGAAGAAAAGAACACCUUAGAACGUGUUAAGAGAGAGGCCGCAGCACGUGCCGAGCAAGAACGAAAUAAUACAAAUCAACUCCGCGAUGAAUUAAAUCGUCUCAAAACAAAAUUAGACGAGACAAAGUUGAAGGCUAACGAAGAAAAAAUGAAGCUCGACUUAAAAAUAGAAGAGCUCUGGAAAGAACGGGAAUCCACACAGCGAGAGGUAGAAGAAUUACAAGUUCAAUUACACAUGACGGAGGAUAAAGUUGAUGGAUUGCAAAAUCAGCUUCACGAUACUAUUAGAAAACUCAAAGAUGCUGACAACGUUAAUGAGACAAUGCGCAAAGACUUAGUUGAUGUACGAAGACAAUUAGCGGAUACCACGUAUGAGAAAGAAAAAUACAACAACAGUAACAAAGAAUUGCGGGAACACGUUAAGCAAAUUGAGAGCGAAAGAAGGGAACAGGGAAGAACAUUGGAGGAGUCAUAUCAGAAAAUAGCAACAUUGGAAGACGCGAAAGCGACCAUGGAUGUCGAGAGGACACGUCUGCAAGCACAAGUACGCGACAUGGAACGAGAAGCAUUACAAAUGCAGCAGCAACUUCGCUUCACGCAAGAUGAGCUGCAGAAAUGCCAUGAGAACAAUGCUCAAGCUCAAAAUGAAGAGAAGGAACUGCAGGCCAGAUUAGCUAACGAGAUUGAGGAGAGAGAACGAAUACAAUUGCAAUUGCAUCAAGUUAAGAAACAGGUAGUCGACUUGGAUAACAGUUUGGAGGUUACGCGACAAGAACUUGGAAAAUUACGCGGGCGAGCAGAUGAAGAGGAUGAAAGAUGGCGUGCACGAGAACAAGAAUUGCUGGUCCGGCUCGAGGAUAGCCGCUGUCGCGAAAGAAAAUUGGAAGAUCAGAAACAUAAUCUAGAGGUUUGCUUGGCCGAUGCCACGCAGCAACUUCAAGAGCUGAAGGCGCGCCUUGGAGGAUCCGAAGGCAGGGUAAGAGCUCUCGAUGCGCAACUAUCGCAAUUGGAGACUGCUAAAAAGGAAGUAGAACAGAAAUUGAGCAGUGUAGGUUCCACGCUCCGCCGUAUCGCCGGUAUACAAAUGGAUGGAAGCGUAAACAUUCCAUUUAAAUUGAUGAGCCCUUCGAGAAGAUGGAGCCCAGCGCGUGCACAAGAUCAUGGUGACACUAGCAGAGAUAUUAUACUGGAUGUUGAUCCCGAAGCCGUUAGAAAGGGAAUACGAUCACUUAUGCAACAAGUUGCCCAAAUUGAACGCGAGAGGGACGAUUACAAAACAGAAUUGUGUAGUUUAAAGAAACAACUGAAAGAGUCUCAAGAAAAUCAAAGCAGCACAGAUGUAAAAGUCAACAAUCUUCUGACUAACCUUCGCACGCUUCAAGAAGAGAAAAAAUCUGUGGAAGCAAAACUAACUCAAACACAAACUGGCUAUCAAGCACAGCUGGCUGCAUUUCAACAAAAGACGGAAGAGUGCGAAAAAUUAUGCGAAAAGCUUACAACCUUAGAAAUAAAGAUGAGCGCCGAAUCGGACGAGAAAUCCCAGUACGAGGAUAAAUUAGAGAAAAUUAAACAAGAAUUGAACAGAUUGGAAACAGAAAAGCGUAAUCUUCAGAAAGAAGUUCGUCACAGCGAUUCUCGCGCAACAGAGAUGGAACUGCACAGAAUGUCUUUAGACGGCGAUCUCCAAAGAUUGCAAAUGAUGUUGCAAGAAAAAGAAGCGCAUAUUCAAAAAUUACAGGAUCGCUUUGACACGCAAAAUCGUACCAUGGCAGGUUUAGAGGAACGUUGCGCCUCAUUAAAAUCUACUAUAGAACAAUUAAAAUUAUCAUUAGAGAAAGCGUCUGCUACGGAAACCGAACUCAAGAGUGAAAUAAAUCUGUUACGGCAGAAUAUAAUGGAGGUUACGACUUCCUCUCAAAGUAACAAUGAGAAGCUUAAACAGCUACAGAAACAACUUUCGAACACCGAGAAUGAUCGUAGAAUAUUAUCUGAACGCUUGGAAACGGCUCAACAAUCCUUGAGCAAUUUAAAGCAUACCAAUCAAUCACUAAUUGAUCAAAAUACACGGCUACAAAAUGAGCUAGCCAAUAACGAAGUACAGCGAUCAGCUUUAGAGUCGCAAUUAAGAUUGUCUACGUGGCCACCAGAAAGUGGUGCGACUAAGGAUGAAGAUCUAUUACGUCAAUUGCAAACUGCUCAAAGAGAAAGGAGUGAGAUGAAAGGAAAAGUAGAGGCUCUUAACGACAAAGUGAAGCUAUUAGAAGCUGACAAACGUAAUUUAGAACGUCAAAUUGCUGCGAGUAAGACUAGUAUUCGAAGUAAGAGUUACGAACGUCCGGAGAAAGCGCAUAUAGAACUCCUGGGCACUAGUUACAGUCUUGACAAUUUGGAGCAUGAAAAUAGAGAACUGAGAUUGAAGAUACGCAAAUUGGAGACUCAAUUAGCGGAGAAGGAGGCCGAACUUAUACGCGUGAAAUCAACUUACAUGCAUUCCUCUCAUUCGUUAUUGGAUAUGAGUCGAGAUAGAUGCGGUGAAUUAGAACGGAUCAGAGCCGCGCAACUGCAAGCCGAAAAAUUAUUAGAGGCAAGAGAACAGAGCCAUCGUCAGCAAGUGUCGCGUUUGGAAAAUCAGAUACAACUGUUGCGAGAACAACUCAAUCAGGAGAUAAAGCGCAGGCAAUUGUACGUUUUACGGAGCUCACGAGCCGGUAGAGAGAUGCAACAAUUGCGACAAGCGUUGGGCGACUCUUUAAGAACCGUGGCUCAAGAUCCGUCAUUGGAUGCAGUAUUAUUGGAGCACGAAGCGCGUAAAUUGGACUCUACUGUGACGAGUACUGCUAGCUUACCACCGUCAUUAGCUUUACCUGCCCCACCGUCUUACAGAUCCAGCACUCCCAAUAGCAGUAAUGAUGAGAACCGAAAAACUGAAUUUACAAUGUCGGACAGCAUAAAAGUGGCUAUCAAAGUCAGGCCUCUCAUCAAACGAGAAAAGGAUGAAAAUUUAUCGAUACAGUGGGUCACCAAUGAAAACACCAUUCUAGCUACUGACUCUGAAUUCAGAAAGCGAUCUGAUGGUAGAUUCGAAUUUGACCAUAUUUUUGAUAUGAACGCCAACAACAACAAUGUAUUUAAUGUUGUAAAGCCUAUUGUCGAUGCUGCUGUAAAUGGAUUUAAUGGCACAGUAUUCGCUUAUGGACAGACAAGUUCUGGUAAAACUUAUACCAUGAUGGGUACUUUGGAAGAACCUGGCAUAGUACCUUUAGCUGUUGAACAUAUGUUUGAUGCAAUAACCAAUAUUCCAGGACGCGAGUUUUUAUUAAGAGUAUCAUACUUAGAGAUUUAUAAUGAAAAAGUUAAUGAUCUCUUAAACAAAAACCAAGACAAAAACUCAACAGAUUUAAAAAUACACGAAGAUGUAAAUGGUCAAGUAUUCGUAAAGUGUAAGGAAGAAGUUACAAAUAGUCCAGAGAAUGUUUUAGCAAUAAUGAAUAAAGGUAAUAAAAGCAGAAGAAUAGGCGAAACAAACAUGAAUGAGCGAAGUAGCAGAAGCCAUACAAUAUUUAGAAUUACAAUUGAAAGUCGUGAGGCUGGUGCAGGUUCAGAUGGUGCGAUACAAGUUUCCCAAUUAAAUAUGGUCGAUCUAGCUGGAUCAGAAAGGGCUCGUCUGACAGGUGCUAGUGGAGAACGUUUCAAGGAAGGACGUCAUAUUAACUUAUCACUUUCAACGUUGGCCUUAGUAAUAAAACAAUUGAGCGAAUCACAAGACUAUGUAAAUUUUCGAAACAGUAAAUUAACAAGAUUACUUCAAACUUCUUUGGGUGGCAACGCAAUGACAGUAAUGAUAUGUGCAGUAACACCAGCUGCUUUAGACGAGACUCAAUGCACAUUAUCGUUUGCAUCUAGAGCUAGAAAUGUAAAAAAUGAUCCUAAAUUGAACGAAGUUAUGUCUGACGGUGUACUUUUAAAACGAUAUGCAAAACAAAUAGAUAAGUUACACACAGAAUUAGAGAGAAUGAAACAGUUAACUCAAACAACUGAUUUUCAAGAAAUGGAAUCUAAAAUGCAAGAGAAAGAUCGCAUUAAUCAGAAUCUAGAAGAGCGUAUUAGAUUACUGCAAACUCGGAUCAUCACUGCCGCUAAUCGCAAUACUAUAGCAUCGUUCAAAGUUAAAGAAAAAAGAAGACAGACUUGGUGCGGCACUGGUGGAUUUAAUAAAUUAAAUACAUCUUUAUUUUCAUCGUGCUCGCAUUUAUCACCAAUUAAAGAAAUGUCACCUAUCAAAUCACGUAUUAGACGUAAAUCUAAUACUACUAUGGAUUCAUCAUUCCAAAUAGCCUUUGCUGAUUUUGAGCUGGAACUUAUGAAUAGUGAAGCAAAUCAUGACGAAGACAUCAGUAGCGAUGAGGAUCCAUUUGUUACAUAUCGUGACAAACAUCGUGUAAAAUUUACCGAUGAUGUAAUUGUCAAAUCACCUAUAAACUAUAGCGACGAUAAUAUCACAUUUGACAAAAUUGAGGCGUCCACUCAAACUGUAAGUAAUAACUCACCUGAUACACCAAAGCGUACUUUGCGAGACAGAAUCCGUAAUUUGACGGAAGAAUAUUCAGAACUUAAGGAAUUUACAACCUUGGAAAAACAGCUACAUUAUGAAGACCACUUAUCUGAACUCCAGGAAAAACGUUCACAGUUUGAAAAGCAAUUGGAAAAUAUCACAUCUGAUAAGGAAGCUUUCGAACAUAUAGCAUCUGAACUUCGUAAAAAGUUAACUGCAGCUGAAUUACGAUAUACUUUAGCAGAAGAUCAAUUAAACGUUCAAGUAGCAGAAUUAGAGAGAAUAUCAGAUUUAGAAAAAAAAAUUGCGCAGUUGUCUGCACAAAAAAUAGAGGUGCAAAAUGUUCCUAAUCUAUAUAAACAGAUAGCUGUUCUUACAGCUGAAAAAGAUGGAUAUGAACAUGUGGCAUCUGAACUGCGAAAAAAACUUAAUGAAGCCGAACAACGCAAUAUUGUAUUAGAAGAUAAAUUAACCAGAAAUGUAGAAUUAGAAAUACCAUUUAUUCAAACUUUGUCGAAUAAUGAGACCAUUUCAUUUGAAAAAGACGAACUGCAAUGUAAAAUAACUGAUCUUCAAAAUAAGCUAAUAGAAGCAGAGUUAAAUAAUAAUUCGAUGAAAGAUAAAUUGGAGAAGCAACAGCAAAUGCUACAAAAUCUUCAAGAAGAAAAAAAUAUAGUUGCUUCUGAAAUGCAAAAUAAAUUAAGAGAAGCAGAAGAAAUUAAUAAUUCGAUAAGAGAUAGAUUAAACGAGCAGCAACUAGAAGUUCAGAAAUUUCAAGAUCAGGAAAAGCAGAUUGCACAACUUAAAUCUGAAAAUCACAAAGUUAAACUUACUGUCGAGGAUCUUCAAGGGCAAUUAAUAGAAACAAAAAUAAUUAUUAGCGCAAAGGAAGAUAAAAUGCAUGAAUAUCAGCAAGAUUUAGACAAAUUUCAACAUUUAGAAGAUGUCAUAAAGGAACGAAUGGAAUUUGAACAAAUCAAUAAUGAGUUGAGGCACCAAUUGACACAAAUACAAUUAAUGAAUGAUUCAAUGAAAAAUAAAUUAAAUACGCAGGAGUUGUAUAUACAAAAGAACUGCGAUUUAGAGAAUCAAAUUCAAAUUCUUGCAAUCGAGAAAAAUGAAUUUAAAGUUAUAAUUAGUGAAUUAGAAGAGAAAUUGAAAGAAAUGGAAUCAAACAAUUCAUUAAAAAACAAAUCAAAUGAAUAUGAAGCAAAUCAAUACGAAAUCAAUUUAAAGACCACAAAUGAAACUUUUACAUCUGAAAAUAAAUCUGAACAGAUAAUUUCCGAAUUGCAAGAAAAGUUAAAGGAAACAGAAUCGAAUAAUAGUUUAAUCAAAGAAGAAUUAAAUGUAUGUCAAGCAGAAGCGCAGAAAACGCUUGAAGAGCACAGAAAAUCUAUUGAAAAUUUUGCAAUUGAGAAAAGUAAAUUGGAAGAUACAUUUGAGUGUACAGUUCACGAGUUGAGAGAGAAACUGGCCAAUACUCAGCAUUGCAUUUCAAUAGAAAAUGAAUCGAAUGGAAUACAAUUACAGAAAAUUCAACUAGAUGCGCAAGUCCCAAAUACAAUAUCUGAAAGAGAUGAACAAAACUCCAUAAAAUUGUGUCAACAAUCGUUGAAGAGUCUCGAAAAGGAAUUGAUGGAGAAUCAGAGCAAAGAUGAAAUCAAUCAUCUACAAAGUCGUAUUAAUGAUUUGCAAAGUAUUAUUCAGGAUAUACAGAACGAAAAUACAUACUUGAAAGAACAAGCAACGAAAUCGAUAUCAUAUAAUGAAUCCGAUUUAGGUAAUGAUGAUUCGUCGAAAAUUACAGAUGAUUUAUCGAUUACAAAGAUGUCUCUAGACGAAGAUAGUGCUAAGUUGUCUGCAGAUCUUGUUUUGAAAAAUCAGGAAUUAGAUGAAAUAAAGCACAUUGUGCAAAGCUUGAAAGCAGACAUAGAAAACUUGCAACAAACUGUAUAUUUAUUAACGACCGAGAACAGUGAAUUGGCAAAUAAAUUAGCAACAGAAAAGGAAUGCAACGAGAAAUCGAUUAUUUAUUAUCAGCAGACUAUCGAUGAACUUUACGAGCGAAACUCAAAAAUAAUGGAUGAGAAACUCGAACUCGAGAAUAAUUUAACAAAUCUUAAUGAACAAUUAGAAACUCUUCGCUCGAGAAUGCCCGAGGUAAACUUAAACGAAGAGCAGAUAAUUCAAAAGUAUGAAAAACAGAUUAGUGAAUUUCAGGCAAGAAAUAUAGAAUUGUUGUCCCAUCUCACAGACCGAACGAAAGAGCUUGAAAUAUUGAAAGAGAGUAAGUCGCUUUUGUAUGAACACGAUUGUAUAUAUAAAGAUAAAUUAACGAAUCUUACUGAGAAACAUAAGCAUUUAAUAGCUGAAAACGGUGAUCUUUCCACUAAUUUAAUGGAUAAAAUCGAGGAAAACGAAGGAUUGAAACAAGAAUGUGAUAUUCUAAAAAAUAAACUAGAAUUAUCACUGAAAAAUAAAGAGAGCAUUAAUAACAAUGAUGUGGAGCAGCUGAGAAUGGAGAAUACUGUAUUGAAAACCGAGCUGAUGGAACUCAAAACUAACUUAAAAACUUUAACCGAAGAAAACUCGAAAAUAUCCAGUCAAUUAAUAGAAACCAUAGAAGAUCUAGAUAAUGCACGAAAACUCAAUUCUGGCAACAAUACCAUGCAUUUGUCGACAUUAUUUAAUAGUACCUUGAUGAAUGAUGCAUUGGAUAAAUCUGCGUUAGAUGAUGAUGCUGAAACAAAAAUCGUAAAUCUGCAAGAGGAAGUUAAUCAUCUCACAAAUCUCAAUAGAAAGCUAAGUGAUCUAAAAUUAGGUACCUGUACACAGUGUAGCCACUUAAAUGAGUUAAACGAAAAUCGAAGAAUGCUGAAACUCGAAGUAAAGACUCUUAAUCGCAAAUUAGAAAACUUGCAGAGGAAAUUUUCUAGCAAAUCUGCAAAGAGUGACGCGCUCAUAUUGAAGGCCAAAGAAGAUUUAAACGUAAGUUCAUGUAAUUUAUCUCUUAAUGCCAGUUUUUCAGAAAAUAUGAAUGUCACUUUCGUUGAGGAAAGACUUCAAUCUUUAAACAAUGAAUUACAAAUUUUGAAAGAAGAUCAUAAUAAGCUAUCGGAUUUAUAUAAAGAGAAAUGUAAUGAAGUCGAAGAAUUACAGAAUAGCACCAUCACGGAUUCAUCGACUAAUGACAAGAAUUCCAGCAUAAAGAAGUCCCCAAGUAGAAUUUCAUUAAGAUUAGAAAAUAUCGGGAAAGUUAUGAAUGAUUUGCAAAAUGAUAUCAAAACAAUAAAGGAGAAUAACGAAAGUGUCAAGUCAGAUCUUACAAAGUUUAUUAACGAAAAAGAAAGAAUGCUGGAUGAAAUUAAUACUUUGAAGACUAUUAAUGAAGAAUUGUUGCAGAAAUUGUCGGAAAGUGAACUCUUGCAUGCUACUACAUUAGAGAAAGCCGAUAUUCUUGAAAAUGAGGUACAAGAUAUGACAAAAAAAUUGCAGGAGUUUACUAUAAGAUAUAAAGAAAUUGAAAAUGCAAAGCUACUUCUUGAGGUUGAAGUAGAUAGCUUGAAGGAAGAUAAAUUGAUGAAAGAGCAAACAGCAAACGAAUUACGUCAAAGCCAUUCCUGCCUGGAACAGGAAUUAAAUUUAAUAAAGAAAGAGAAAGAAGAGCUUAACAAUGACAUCAUUCUUUUGGAGCAAGAAUAUAAUGAAAAACUAGAUGCACUAAAAGCAAUGAAUGACAAGUUAACCAGCUCUAAAGCAGUUCUCUCGCAGGAAUUCGCUAAUUAUAUUAAAGAAUCGGAAAAUAGACUAAUGGAACUUAAUGAAAAAAUAAACAAAUAUAAUUCUGAAAAUGAUUAUCUCAAACAGGAAUUAAUCAGGCUGCGCGAUAUAGAAAAUAAAUUUGAGAAGAUGAGAACUGAAUAUCAGGCUCAGUCACAACAAGAUAAAACAUUAGUUGACGAUAACAAGAAGCUCAAAAAUGUAUUGAAUGACAGUUCUAAGAACAUCAUUAAAGAAAUAAAGUCUCUCGAACCUAAAGUCGAUACUCAGAAAUUUAUGAAUAAAUCGGUGGAUGAGCUAUUCCAGAUAUUUAUGCAAACUAUUUUGAUGAAAGAGAAGGAAGUAAUAAAAACUAUGCGGGAGAAUUACGAUAAGGAGAAGCAAAAGCUCGAAGAUGAAAAGCGUCAGAGUGUAGACUCGGAGAAACGUACAUUGCUGUGGGUGAAAGAACUGGAGUGUGAGAUAGAGAAACUUCAAAAGGAUCUGUCUGAGCGAGAAAUUGCAUCCGAGGACUUACAGAAAGAAAUUGCACAUUUAGAACACCUUUUGGAAGAAAGUAAUCGCGAUAGAGAGAUAUUGAAAGAGAAGAAUAGCUUACUUGAGACGGAUCUCAACAAUUUACAAAUUGAAUAUAAUAAAUAUUGUAAAAUCGACACGGCCAAUGAAGAAGCCAUUGUUAUCGCACAGAAACGAGAAAAGCAAGCGCAAGAGAUGAUAAAAAAUAAAGAAUCAGAAUUUCAGAGGAAGUUGAAAUCAGAGAAGGAGACGUACAAUAAACAAAUUGAAGAUCUCACGUGCACAAUAGAGUCGUUUAAGACGAAAAACAUGGAACUGACAAAUAGCAUUGAAGGCCUCGAAGUUAAUCAAAAGCAACUGAAAAAUAUCAUCGACUUGAAAAGUAACGAUUUAAUGAAAAGCAAUCAAAUCAAUCAGAAAAUGCAGGCCGAGUUGGAACAGCUAACAGAAACUUACAACGAUUUGCAUAAAAAACUGGAAGAGAAAGAGCUAUGUAUCGCGGAAAUCAAGGAACGUCUGAAAAUUAAGUGCGAUGAGCUGAUAGAAUAUAAAAUUAAUCUGGAGACGAUCGUGCCCGAAAAUAAGCUGCUGAAGCAACAGAUUAACGAACGGAAAGUCACCAUAGAGCAGUACAAGGUGGAAAUAGAGACUCUGAAAAUGGAAAAUAAAAAGGCAAUUGACGCGAUUAAAGAUCAAUUGAACUUUGAAGAGCUAAAGAGCACGGAGCUAAACAAACAGAUAGCUGAAUUAAAUAAUAAGCACAUGGCUUUGACAGAAGAGAUGAAUACUUUGAAGGAUGACUACACGACAUUAAAACAUAAGUACGCGACAUUAGAAAAGCGAGUCAGGAACAGUACGAGCAAAGCCCAAGCAGAAGAACAAAUGGAAGAACUGAAAGACUUGAACAGAUCUUUGCGAAAUAAUUUGGACGGUGCUAGCAAUCGAAUAACGGAGUUGCAGGCUGUGAAAACCGAUUUGAUGAAGCAAGUGAUUACUUUAAGCAGUCAAUAUGAUACGGCGUGCAAAGACAAUCAAAAAUUAAAGGAAACACUAUCAUCGUCCAGACAUAACGAUACAUAUACUGCCUGCGAGAAGUACGACAAUUUGCUACAAGAGAAAAACAAAAUUGCAUUAGAAUUGGAAGCAACAAAAGUUCAAUUGAAUCAGAAAAACAAAGACAUUGAGAAUUAUCUCCACGAGAUAAAAGAAUUGAAGAAAAAAAACACGGAACUCGAUAAAGAAUUAGACGAGUUGGCGGCUGUUAUUUGCGAGCACGACGCAGAUAAUGCAAGACUUCAAGAUAAGUAUUUCAUAUGUCGUGCUGAAGCUGACGAACUACAAGACAAGAUAAAAACUCUUGAGAAGAAAACUCAAAUUAAUCUGUUGCAAAUAAACACAUCCUCCAACAAGAGCGAAAAGUCUCUCGAUGAUGAAUGUAGUUGCGCAAUAUUAAAAAACAAAAUACGGGAGUUGCAAUUAGAGGUAGUAUCAAAGAAUGGAAAGAUCGCAACAUUAGAACUGCAAAUACGUAGCGGAAGUUUUCCUUAUCAAAUGAAAUGUAAAGAACUACAGGAACACCUAUCAGCAUAUAGUAACAAAAAUAGCGAGCUGAAGGCGGAAAUGAAGCGAUUACAGAUGGCUAUGAUACGUACAAGCGCAAAGGAAUGUGAUGUAUGUAAACAGAGACUAAUAAACAGGAGACAUCAGGCAUGCCAAACAAUGCCGGAAAUGUUGAAAUUUUGUGGCAUGAGCAGCGGCAUAAUCGAUGAUGAGAUAAGAAUAACGAAAUUGGAGAAGGAGAAACAGAUUAUGAGGGACGUGUGUCGAACUAGAUCAAAAACUAUAAAGGAACUCGAAAAGCAAAUAGAAGAAUAUGAAAAAUUAUUAAAUUCGAAAAAUUCAUGA